GUUAUGUUGUUGCUUGGUUACAUUUGAUGCCUCCGCACGUGGGAAGCUACCGGUUUGAAAGAUGCGGCUUCACUUGCUUUUCUGCACCAAGAUGGCAAGAAUCAGACGAAUGGAGAAAGCUGUUUGCUGGAGCGAUGACAGAUACUGGGCAACUUGGGACAAGUGGGGAGAGGUGAUUGACUGGGGAGAUGAGAAAGAGCUGUGCUCCCCAGCAGAAUCACCUUCUGACCAGGCUGACAGUUCCACUGAGUCACAUUCCCGAAGGCGAAUUGCCAAGGCAGUUAGCUGGACGGAUGAUGCUUAUUGGGCAGCCUGGGACAAGUGGGAAGAGAUCAUCUGCUGGGGUGAUGAAGAGGAGUGCUCCCAAGUAACUCCACCCAUUAGCCAGCUUGGGAGGGAUAAGGGGAUAGAUGUACAUGGGUUGGAGGCUUUUGUGAUAAAUAACAGGACAAUCUCCAUAAAGCCUGUAGACAACCAUCAAGAUAGUCUGAAGAUAGGAGCUGUGCUGGUAGACCUCUGCCAGUUUGAUCUCGAAUAUUUAGAUCAAAGUAAAUUUAAUUUUGAAAUUGUGCAAGUACAAAUUGGAGAAGUUGAAGUGGAGGAGAUUAGAGAAAAUUCUUUUGAAAAAGCAUUUGAAUUGGAAAUUGUGGAUGUGGCAGUAGAAGUUAUAAACAGUGAAUUCCAACUGAAUGCAGUAAAUUUGGAUAUUGUUGAGACUAAGGUGGACAAAUUAUUAUUGGAAGAACUGAUCGUUGGCGAUUUAGAAGCAGGCAAUGUGAAGGUGUCAGUAUCAAAUGGCAAUGUGGUGAAGGUACCCUUAAGGUACCCUUCACCACAGAGGAACAGAAGGACCAGGCAACCUUAGACCAUACUCUCUGGUGGUUGACUCGUGGCAACUGGACUUGUCUCUGAAAGUUAGAAACGUUUCGCUGCUCAUCCAAGCAGCUUCUUCAGACUGAGGGAGGUUGUAAGUGUCCACAUAUUUAUCCUCCUGGGUAAGUAGUAUAAGGGGGCUCGUUGAGUGAAACAAAGUGGGGGGGGGGGAGUUGCGGGUAGAUGUAACCAGUCCCUCCUACUCCAAUAGAGUGGGUCAUUAAGGGUGGUCCACCUGGUGGAGGUGUGAAUUGGGUCUGUUUUUUUCCUGGGAAUUAUUUUUGUUUUGGCAAAUGAUGAGAGGGCCGCAGGUUAAAUUUGAGACAGGUUGUGCCUAAUGCCUCUACCUCUGUUGAGUGAGGGGUUGUGCAUUUGCACAUGCAAAGCUGCUUGGACGAGCGGUGAAACGUUUCUACCUUUCAGAGAGGUACAAUGUCUUUGGAUGUCUUUUGUCUUGUGCAGUCUGGGAGUUGACUGAAUGCUGGG